UUCUUUCGUAAUUCUGACAGACUUUUGCGAUCAUCUCAAAUUUUUGCACGGUUCAUUUUCGCAUUUCCGAGUAGUUUUAUUUAUUUAUUUUUUAUUUUGUACAUCGCAUUCCCAUUUACAUUUGUGUGCUUCAUAAUGCUGAAACUCAGCAUCUUUCGAAAUUCCAUUGCCACACAAUUGUUGCGGGGCUCUGUGCGCCUCCUGCAUGUUGGAGAAGCGAAUGUUUUGCCAACUUCAGUUGAUUGCAAUUCAGGCGAAUUUAAGGAAAAUGAGAAGGAUAUGUUAAAGUUGGUCAAUGAAUUGCGUUCAAUUACAAGUGAAGUAUUGACCGGAGGCGGUGCAAAAGCUAUUGAACGUCACACUUCAAGGGGCAAGUUGUUAGCACGUGAACGUAUUAAUAAACUGUUGGACAAAGGUUCGCCUUUUUUGGAACUAAGUACUUUGGCUGGUUACCAGUUGUAUGGUGAUGAGGUAGUCAACUCGGGAGGAAUAAUUACUGGAGUUGGUCGUAUUUGUGGAACUGAAUGUGUAGUUGUGGCAAAUGAUGCUACCGUCAAGGGAGGAUCCUAUUAUCCCAUAACGGUCAAGAAACAUUUGCGAGCUCAGGAAGUCGCCCAAGAAAAUAGACUACCAUGUGUAUACCUUGUGGAUUCUGGCGGCGCCAAUUUACCACGUCAAGCUGAAGUUUUUCCCGACAAGUUACAUUUUGGACGAAUUUUCUUUAAUCAAGCGAAUAUGUCGGGACUAGGUAUUCCACAAAUUGCCGUUGUUAUGGGUAGUUGUACUGCUGGUGGGGCUUAUGUUCCCGCAAUGGCUGAUGAAAGUAUUAUUGUUAAAAAGCAAGGAACUAUUUUUCUGGCUGGCCCACCUUUAGUAAAGGCUGCCACUGGAGAAGAGGUCUCAGCCGAGGAUUUAGGCGGUGCCGAUUUACAUUGCAAAACUUCAGGAGUUACUGAUCAUUAUGCUGUCGAUGAUGAGCAUGCUCUCUAUUUGGCUCGACAAGUAGUGAGCAAUUUAAAUUUACCAGCAACAAAUGCUUAUGACGAGAACUUGAUUUAUUCGAGCAAAAAGACAAUUAAAGCGGCUACCAACUCUUUUGAGGCUGAAGUUGAAGAACCUAAAUACGACCCUCGAGAAUUAUAUGGAAUUGUUGGGCCAAACCUUACCAAGAGUUUUGAUGUACGCGAAGUGAUCGCACGCAUAGUCGAUGGAAGCCGAUUUACCGAGUUCAAAAAGUUGUAUGGCGAAACUUUGGUGUGUGGUUUUGCAAAACUUUAUGGUCAUACCGUUGGCAUUGUGGGUAACAAUGGUGUUUUAUUCUCGGAAAGUGCCCUAAAGGGCGCCCAUUUUAUACAGCUAUGUGCCCAAAGAAACAUACCAUUGGUAUUUCUACAAAAUAUCACCGGUUUCAUGGUUGGUCGUGAUGCCGAAGCCCAUGGUAUUGCAAAGAAUGGAGCCAAAAUGGUAACAGCAGUAGCAUGUGCAAAUGUUCCCAAAUUCACAGUCAUUAUUGGGGGUUCCUAUGGCGCUGGAAACUAUGGCAUGUGUGGAAGAGCAUACUCGCCAAGAUUUCUUUUCAUGUGGCCCAAUUCACGUAUAUCAGUUAUGGGCGGUACACAAGCAGCUAAUGUUUUAGCACAAAUUACUGCCGAUCAAAGAAAGCGUUCUGGAAAGGAGUUCACCGAAGCCGAAGCUAAUAAACUGAAGGCCCCCAUUAUUGAGACAUUUGAAAAGGAGGGUUCUCCCUAUUAUAGUACUGCGCGCUUGUGGGACGAUGGUAUUAUAGAUCCCGCCAAUACUCGCCAAGUUUUGGGAUUAAGUUUGAAAACAGCCCUUAACAAUCCAGGCGAUCGUACCAAAUUUGGUGUUUUCCGCAUGUAAGAAAAAAUACCGACCAAAGCUCCUUAUAUUUAAAUGGGGAAAAUGUGCAUUUAUUGACUAUCGAAUGGUGACGAUUUAUGUAUGUGCCUUUUUGUUAGGAAUAACUUCCAUACUGUUUUUGGAACUGUUGCAUUUAUUAGAAUUAAGACUAAAUUUUUUAUUUUACAUACAAAAAUAUUUAAUUUAAAAUCAAGUGAAACGUUGUAAAAAACACCGUAUAUUGAAAUAAAAUUCCUUGCCGCUUAGUAAA